AUGCUGUCCAACAAGCUUGACGGCCAGCGUCGAGGACGCUCUUUUGACUCCAUCAAUAAGAGGUACGAAGACAAGCAACUCAACAAUGAGACAGAGGAGAACAAAGACAAGAUAUCUUCCUCCAAGAGAGAACAUGCUGCAAUUGUCUUCUCUCUGAAGAAUGAAGUCGGAGGGCUUGUGAAGGCAUUAAAACUAUUUCAGGACAACCAGGUAAAGCUUUUGCAUAUUGAGUCCCGUAAGUCCCGGCGGCGUAACUCAGAGUUGGAAGUUCUGGUGGAUUGUGACAGUGAUCGAGAAACUCUAAAAGAGGUUGUUCAGCUGCUGCGCAAACAAACAAGCAUUAUAACCAUGGACUCACCUGAUAGGUUCUCGACUCCUGCAAACGGUACUGUGUUUUGUUCCUUCAUUAGAGAGAUGAGUAAGGCACAGAAAUGUGUAUAUAAAUCUGUGAAAAUACAUUUUUCAGAUCUUGCUGAGGUGCCUUGGUUCCCCAAGAAGAUCUCAGAUCUUGACAAGAUUGCCUGUCGUGUUCUGAUGUAUGGUUCAGAUUUGGAUGCGGAUCAUCCGGGAUUCAAAGACAACAUUUAUCGUAAGAGAAGGAAAUAUUUUGCUGAUCUUGCCAUGAGUUACAAACAUGGAGAACCUAUACCACGUGUAGCGUUUACCGAGGAAGAGGUGAAGACGUGGGGUGUAGUUUUUCGGGAGCUGAAUAAGCUGUACCCCACACACGCCUGUCGAGAGUUUCUGAACAACCUGCCUCUGCUCACCCAGUACUGUGGCUACAGAGAGGACAACAUACCGCAGCUGGAGGAUGUGUCCAACUUCCUGAGAGAGCGAACUGGCUUCACCAUUCGCCCUGUUGCUGGGUAUUUGUCACCGAGAGACUUUCUAGCUGGUCUGGCCUUCAGAGUGUUUCACUGUACACAAUAUGUGCGUCACAGUUCAGAUCCUCUCUACACUCCUGAACCGGACACAUGUCAUGAGCUGCUGGGUCAUGUUCCUCUGUUGGCCGAACCCAGUUUUGCACAGUUCUCUCAGGAGUUAGGACUGGCUUCUCUCGGUGCGUCUGAUGAUGCUGUGCAGAAGUUAGCAACAUGCUAUUUCUUCACGGUAGAGUUUGGCCUGUGUAAGCAGGAGGGUUCGCUCCGAGCAUACGGCGCUGGACUUCUCUCCUCAAUCAGUGAACUUAAGCACUCUCUCUCAGGCUCUGCUAAAAUCCUGCCCUUUGAGCCCAGUGUCACCUGUAAACAGGAGUGUCUCAUCACCACCUUUCAAGAUGUUUACUUCGUUUCAGAGAGUUUUGAGGAAGCCAAAUUUAGAAUGCGUGAAUUUUCAAAGACAGUCCAGCGUCCAUUCUCUCUGCGGUAUAACCCGUACACACAGAGCGUGUGUGUGCUGAAGGACAUGCCCAGCGUCACCGAUGUGGUCGAGGAGCUCAGACACCAGCUGGACAUUGUAGGAGACGCUCUCUGUCGACUCAGUGCACACCUUGGUGUCUGAAGUCAUUAUGACUCUUGCUCAUAUUAAUAGCAUUUAUUACUUCUGUCUCUCAUACCAAGGCACAUUACUCAACAUUCAACACUACAAUAGUAUUAUCUCAUUAUCGGCCUUCUCUGACUUAAUGUCUCUGUGAGCCCCUUUCCUCUGCUACUGAAAAUCUGCUUAAUACCACAAAGCACUUAAAUAUCCAAACACUGUUUUUAGGAGAGUCUCUUUAAAUACACAGAGUCCUGGUGAUCUCAUGAUCACUAUAUUCAUACAGUCUGGAUACUCUAAUCUCUUCUCUGCUCCAAAUUCAGUCUCUGUAAACACACAGGAAACAUGGAAAUGGUUCAUAAUUGUAGAGUUUAGAGAAUCUUCAGAGACAAGAGUUAGGUUUGAAAAGCACUCCUACAAUGUUGUAUCUUGAGGCUGUCACACAUUUGUUAUAGUCGUUAAAGAUGAAACUUAGAUGACACUAAUUCUUAAUCCUAAACUUGUUGUGUAUUCUCUUUCCCAACAUCAAACCUACUGUACCUUCUUGGAAAUAGAGCCAUUUUAUUUUUUAUUGGGGUUUGUGAUAUGAAAUAUGUAAAUUUUACUGAAACCGUUGUGUAUAUUGUUUUGCAUUCUGAAGACUGUAAUCCUUGCUGU